GCACCUCCUCCUCCACGUCUGCAGCACGCCAACAUCCAUCCAGCUCCCUACGUUCCUUUCCCCCUCCACCAUGUCUGACUCCGAUAGCUCGAAAGCGGUCCGCCCCACCAGCCCCUCAGGAGUUGCCAGGCCAGCAGGCGCGCUCAGGCGCCGCGCCACCCCCUCCAGCGCAGCCGCAAAACCUGCGUCAUCCCGCGCAGCCGGCGCAGGCGGCUCCUCGAGCACCAUGCUCAAGUUGUACACCGACGACUCACCCGGGUGGCGAGUCGAGCCCCACGUCGUCGUCGUCCUCGCCGUCUCCUUCAUUGCCUCCAUCUUCUUCCUUCACAUCUCCGCCAAGCUUAUCAAGGCGUUCACGAAGUAGGCUAGGAAGAGGUACGGCUGCAGCAUGUUUUCCGGGCUAUAUUAUACGGGUUCUGCUGUGGGCAUCGCUUAAAAGCACUAUUUACCGCGCGGCAUGCGCGUUCUGUAUACCAGCGCGUCGUUCGCAUCGUGUAUACCAGCGCCAUCCUAUUGGAGCUUCUAGGAUCGACGUGCGCCU